CGGUUUUCGUUGUCAGUUGCCCACUUUCUCAGAAACUCCUUCCUAUGGAUGAUUUGACGAUGAUGAUGAUUGAUGCUGAUCCUGAUCUCUCCUCUAUCCAUCCAUAAGUCUUCCAUUAGAACCCACAUCAUUUCUAUACACAGGAACUUAGAAAACAUAGCUUGAUUUGAAGUGAGAUAUGGAGGAAGAUAGAGAAUCUACAAGAUACUGGUGCUAUGAAUGUAACCGGCCAGUUAUCCCCAUUUUGGAGGUCGAAGCGAUCAAGUGUUCGUCUUGUAAUGGUGAAUUUGUGGAGGAAAUGGAAAGCGUAAGAAGCGAUCACCACCACAACCACCGUCAUCGCCUCCAUGAAAGUGAUACCGAUCCUGAUCCUGAUCCUGACCGUGCACUCUCGUUGUGGGCUCCGAUCUUGCUUGGCAUGAUGAGCAACCCUCACCGUCGCCGGAGAUUUACUCGGGUUGAGUUUGAGGAGGAGGAGGAGGAAGAAAACCGCGAUGAUUCCACCGAACGCUUCCGCCGCCACCACUUUCAGCAUCACCGGGGCGGAGGAGAAUCUGAGUUGGACCGUGAACUUGAGUCGAUCAGGAGGCGGCGGAGGAGGAGCUCCGCCCCCAUUCUCCAGCUCCUUCAAGGUGUUCGAGCCGGGAUGGUAUCCGAAUCUGAAACCAGUACGGAGAAUGGAGCGAACAGUAACCGCAACCGGGAUCGUGUUAUUCUAAUCAAUCCUUAUAAUCAGACCAUCAUAGUUCAAGGAGGCGGUGGCGAUGGCGGAAAUCCGUCACAGACCCACCCGAUUGGUUCCUUAGGCGAUUAUUUCACGGGUCCUGGAUUAGAACUACUGCUGCAGCAUUUAGCCGAGAAUGACCCUAAUAGAUACGGCACCCCACCCGCACAAAAAGAGGCCAUCGAGGCAAUGCCGACUGUUACAAUCGAUGAACCUUCUGUUCAAUGUUCCGUUUGUUUGGAUGAUUUCGAGGUUGGGAUCGAAGCUAAAGAAAUGCCUUGUAAACACCGGUUUCAUAGCAAAUGUAUCUUCCCAUGGCUAGAGCUUCAUAGCUCGUGUCCUGUUUGCAGGUACGAGCUGCCUUCUGAUCAAUCGAAGCUCAACCAAGAACGAGAAAGGUCCGCGGUUAGUUUAACCGGUGGUAUUGGUGAACCAGAGAAUGCCAGGAAUAGCGAAGAUGCCGAUGGGAGAAACACGAGGAGGUUUUCCGUUUCUCUCCCUUGGCCUUUUAGUAGCUUAUUAUCGUCAACCACGGGUCCCCAAAUCGGGAGCUCGACAACAUCGACAUCGAUGUCGGGUUCGGGUUCGGGUUCGGGUUCUUCGCCACGAUCUCAUGAGACCCGUCCGGAAGACUAUAAUCACUAAACUGAACGAGUAAGCCCCCCUUAUGUUUGUUUUCGUGGCUUUUGCUUUGUUACAGAGUGUGUACAUAUAUCGGUUACUAAUAAGUGUAAUAUCGACAGAAACAUAUAUAUAGCCUUUCAUGUCUGCUUGUAUGUAUCGUAUAAAUGAUCUUGUGCGUUUCUUGAUCUAACGACUUUAUAAAUCGUUGUUGCGU